GCAAAGGGCAAGGGCGGUAAUUUGAUAUGGCUCAAUAAAGCCGAAAACGUUUGGUCAUCAUGAGUACAUCAUCGACCACGACGGAUGAUCAGUAGCAGAUCAGUAGAUAACUGGAACGAGUAUACUUGCUAUUACGACGUAACACUACGGGGAUGGUCGCUCUGCAUGAACCCCGUGCAAAGGAGACCGUUCUCUCCAAAUGGAACGAUAAUGACCACUUCCGUAUGGUCCCCGGAAAGGCAGGUCUAGUGAAUAUAUGGUAAUCUUGCUUUACUGUCCUCCCGUCGUCCACAGAGACAUUUGAAAGUACGAUAUCACAAGGUUGAAGUUCGAUACAGGGCGGCCAGAUAGGCUGUUCUUCCACUAUCAGCGCCACCAACAGCGUCGUGACUCGGUUCGGAUCUAUUAUUCGGGUGACCACCUCGCCAAACGACGCGCUCACCCGCGUUCUACCAUUCUAGUGUCAUAUGUGCAGUAGCUUCACUAAGUGAAGUGUGCUUUCUAAGGAUAUAACCAUGACGGUCCUACGGCGCACUCGACUCACAUUGCAUCGCGUCGCGCGACGGGCUUACCAUGCCUCGCGACCCAAGAAAUUGACCAUUGGGAUACGUCGAGAGGAUCCUCAGAGAAUAUGGGAGAGACGGUGUCCUGUCUCCCCUGAGGCUGUCGCUAAGCUCGUUCAGACGGAGGAUGUGGACGUGCUAGUGCAAGAUUGUGAGCGAAGAGUAUGGAGCUCAAAGGAGUUUGUCGAAGCGGGUGCUCGAGUCCACCCUACUCUCUCACCUACCCACAUUACCAUUGGUAUCAAGGAGCCGCCUGUACACGAAAUGCUGGUUGACCCAGUACCCUCACCUUACAAUGGACCUCCAGAGCUGCUGCCUCGGACUCAUCUCAUGUUCUCACAUACCACCAAGGGACAAUUGUACAAUAUGGAACUGCUGUCCAAGUUCCUUGUUUCUAAGGAUGCCACGAAUCUACCAGCGAGACUGAUAGACUAUGAACUGCUUACCGGAGAGGAUGGGAAACGGACGGUUGGAUUCGGAUGGUUUGCUGGAGUCGCUGGUGCACUCGAAUCGCUUUCUGCACUAGCACACGCACUGUUGGAACUGGGCGUUGCCAGUCCCUUCCUGUAUACCCCGCGACCACAUAAUCUUCCUAAUCUCGAAUCAAUCAUCUCAACAUUGCGAGAACGCGUCGGACUAGCCAUAAGUUCGAACCAGACCCCCAAAGGUGUCGGCCCCAUAGUUAUAGGUGUGACUGGAACAGGCAAAGUCUCGGAGGGUGUACUUGACCUCUUGAAGCACCUGCCAAUAUGCAAAGUGGGAGUGGAAGAGCUCCCCACGCUCGUAUCUGAUCCAAAUACUCGACUUGACCAGAUUUAUCUUGUACAUGCUCUUCCGCAAGACUAUUUCAUACGACGUGGUGGUGAGCCGUAUGACCGUUCACACUAUUACGCCAAUCCGUCCGACUAUAAAUCCGAGUUCCACCUCAAGGUGGCGCCUUAUUUGACACUCUUGAUGAACGGCGCAGGCUGGGCACCGUCGUUUCCCCGUCUCAUGACCAAUGAGCAGCUUGCCAACGCACUUGAAAGAGCCCGGCAAGUUGGAAGGGGUAGAUUCAUCUGUGUAGGUGACAUUAGUUGCGAUGUCGAGGGUGGCCUUGAAUACAUGCCGAGACCUUCUACUCUCUCUUUACCAUCUUACAAGACUCGCCCACCUUCCCUUCCCGCGCAUUUACCUUCUAUCACUAUGAUGUCUGUUGACAUCCUUCCCACUGCACUUCCCCUCGAGGCAUCGAAACAUUUUUCCAGUGUGUUAUAUCCUUACCUCCGGACCUUGAUUCGACAAUAUCGAGCUGGUGCCGGUCAACUCACCAUCCCAGUGGACGCCGAGGAGGAAGCAAGACUCAGCUCGCUCGGCAGGGCGACCGUGGCUCAGAACGGCGUUCUCACCGAGCCACAUAAGUGGUUGGAAGGUCCCUUGAGUACUUGGAGGCAAAGCAUCGCGAAGACUUCGUCUGACUCUGCGCACGUGUCUGCGGCUAACUCUGGUACUCUGGUAACUGAACGAAAGAAGAAAGUACUGGUAUUGGGGAGUGGUAUGGUUGCUGGGCCAGCGAUUGACGAAAUCUGCAGUUGGAAGGAUACGGAACUAGUUGUUGCUAGUAAUAUCCUGCAUGAAGCGCAGCGACUUACGUCUUCCCACUCCAAUGCCAAGUCUGUUGCAUUGGAUGUGAACGAUUUGGACAAGGUUGGCGCGUUGGUCUCUGAAGCUGAUGUCGUUAUCAGUUUGCUGCCGGUACCCUUCCAUCCUCGAAUCGCCGAGCUCUGCAUCAAACACGGAAAGCAUAUGGUCACGGCAUCCUAUAUCUCUCCUGCCAUGAAAUCUUUGCAUGAACGAGCGACCGACUCCUCAGUCCUGCUUCUCAAUGAAAUCGGUUUAGAUCCUGGCAUCGAUCACUGCUCUGCCUUCUCUUUGUUCAACGGUCUUCGUGAAGCGAAGAAACGCGUCGUAUCUUUCACGUCAUUCUGCGGAGGACUGCCUGCGCCUGAGAACGCGGAAGGCGUUCCGUUGAAGUACAAGUUCAGUUGGAGUCCUAAAGGGGUCCUGAGUGCAGCGUUGAAUAGUGCUAGGUUCAAACUCUGGGACCAGGUACAGGAGAUCCCAGGUCGUGAUUUGCUGAAGGAACGCUUCCCCAACCUACCUAUCUCCGACGUUCUGAAGCUUGAGGGUAUUGCUAAUCGAGAUAGUUUGCCAUAUCGAGAGACAUAUGAUCUCGGACCUUUGGACGGAAUUCGCACCCUGUUCAGGGGAACACUUCGAUAUGAAGGGUUUUCCCGGCUCAUGCAUCUCUUUAAGUCCAUAGGGCUGCUCGAUACUGAACUCAAGGUUCAUCCUGAACAUUGGUCAUCUUUCAUUCAAGAGACAAUUCAAGCUCGACUUGGGUCACCUCUUCCUAAUGACACUGCUUCUUUACAGUCUGCAUUGAACGACCUCCUUCCUGGGGAAGAUACACAAUAUCUCUUGGAUGCCUGCUCUUCGUUGGGAAUCCUACCUCCUGCUCUCAGACCACUUGUAACGGAACAAGUAGGAGAAUCGGAUCUACCGGCAGUUCCAAGCCAGCCGAGCACUCCUAUCGAGCUUUUCGCUGCCCUGCUCGCUCACAGACUACGCUAUUUACCUGGAGAACGUGAUCUUGUCGUACUCUCACACGAGGUCGUUGCUCAGGAACCCUCAACUGGCGAAGAGUCCAUUCAUACGUCCUCACUUGUGGCCUACGGCACACCUCAGGCAUCCGCUAUGGCUCGCACCGUCGGAUUACCUGUUGCACUGGCAGCUAGGAUUGUGUUGGAUGGCAAGGUUAGUGCGAGAGGGGUAUGGGGACCUGGUGUGGACAGAGCAGUUUGGAAAGGCGUGUUGACAGGCUUGGAGCAGAGGGGCAUUGGUUUUAAGGAAAGUGUUUCGAGGCAGAGACGGGUAGGUGGCAUUGUCGAGACCUCUUUGAGGGAUGCGAGGAGAAUUUCUGCAUGAGCCUGAAGGUGCUGCACAUUUGGAUCAAUUAUUGAAUGUAAUGUAAUACCGUCUCACUUCAAGUAGAAAGGUGAAGUAUUGAGAUAUCGUACAUUACGAUACGUAGGGAACUUUUCAUUGAACCAUGAACAUAUCCAUGC